AUGACUCUCUCCUUGGACUUUUCUUGGCUCCUCUGGAAACGAACCCAAAAUGGCUUCUCCCAGUCCCCUUCAGAAAGCACACCACUACUUUCUCCGGAGAUGGGCCAGCAGAGCUACAACCCAACAGAGCAGCGAGUGGUGUACCCCAACAAUGGCAUGUGUCACCAGGACUGGAAGAAGGUCUCCAGGAGGUACCCAGGCAACAGCAUCUGUACAACCAAGUACACCCUGCUCACCUUCCUGCCCCAGAAUCUCUUUGAGCAGUUUCAUAGGUGGGCCAACCUCUACUUCCUGUUCCUGGUGAUUCUGAACUGGAUACCCUCCAUGGAAGUCUUCCACAGAGAAAUCACCAUGUUACCAUUGGCCAUUGUCCUGUUUAUCAUCAUGGUCAAAGAUGGCAUAGAGGACUUCAAGAGAUACCGCUUUGACAGAGAGAUGAACAGUGCCAGCAUUCAGAUAUAUGAAAGAAUAGAGCAGAGCUACAUGCAGAAGCGCUGGCAGGAUGUACGUGUGGGAGACUUUGUCCAGAUGCGGUGUAAUGAGAUCGUCCCAGCAGACAUCCUUCUCCUCUUCUCUUCAGACCCCAGUGGUGUCUGCCACCUGGAAACUGCCAACUUGGAUGGAGAGACCAACCUCAAGCAGAGGCGUGUUGUGAAGGGCUUCUCACAGCAGGAGCUGCAAUUCCAACCAGAAUACUUCCACAGUACCAUCAUAUGUGAAAGGCCCAACAAUCACCUCAGCAAGUUUAAGGGUUAUAUGGAACACCCUGACCAGACCAGGACUGGCUUUGGCAGCACCAUCCGAAACACCGAGGUGGCAGCAGGCAUUGUCAUCUACGCAGGCCAUGAGACAAAGGCUAUGCUGAACAAUAGUGGACCCCGAUAUAAACGCAGCAAAAUUGAGCGGCGCAUCAACACAGAUAUCUUCUUCUGUAUCGGCCUCCUCUUCCUCAUGUGUCUCAUUGGAGCUGUAGGCCACAGUGUCUGGAAUGGGACCUUUCAAGAGCAUCCUCCCUUUGACGUACCAGAUGCUGAUGGGAACUUCCUUCCCCUUGCCCUUGGAGGUUUCUAUAUGUUUCUCACGAUGAUCAUCCUACUCCAGGUGUUAAUCCCGAUCUCCUUGUAUGUGUCCAUUGAGCUGGUGAAGCUUGGGCAAGUGUACCUCCUUCAUAAUGACCUUGACCUAUAUGAUGAAGAAACCGAUUUGUCCAUUCAAUGUCGAGCCCUCAACAUUACAGAGGACCUGGGCCAGAUCCAGUACAUCUUCUCUGACAAGACAGGGACCCUGACAGAAAACAAGAUGGUGUUCCGGCGUUGUACCAUUGUGGGCAGUGAAUAUUGUCACCAAGAAAACGCCAAGAGAUUGGAGAUGCCAAAGGAGCUCGACUCAGAUGGUGAGGAGUGGACCCAAUACCAAUGUCUGUCCUUCCCACCUAGAUGGGCCCAGAACUCAGCAACAAUGAGAAGCCAAGGAGGUGCCCAGCCUCUGAAAAGGUCCCAGAGUGCCCGGGUCCCCAUCCAGAGCCACUUUCGACAAAGGUCUGUGGGACGCUGGGAGACCUCACAGCCUCCAGUGGCCUUCAGCAGCUCAAUAGAAAAAGAUGUAACUCCUGAUAAAAACCUCCUGAGCAAGGUGAGGGAUGCUGCCCUGUGGCUGGAGACCUCUGACACCAGACCUGCCAAGCCUUCCCAUUCCACCACGGCCUCCAUUGCUGAUUUCUUCCUUGCUCUAACCAUAUGCAACUCUGUCAUGGUGUCCACAACCACUGAGCCAAGAAAGAGGGUGACCACUCCACCCUCCAGCAAGGCUCUGGGGACAUCCUUGGAGAAGAUUCAACAGCUGUUCUAGAGGCUGAAGCUUUUGAGCCUCAGCCAAUCAUUCUCCUCCACCGCCCCCUCUGACACAGAUCUAGGAGAGAGUCUGGGGCCCAACAUGGCCACCACAGACUCAGAUGAGAAAGACGAUGCGUCUGUGUGUAGCGGAGACUGUUCUACUGAUGGCGGCUACAGGAGCAGCACAUGGGAGCAGGGUGACAUCCUGGGGUCUGAAUCAGGGGCUUCUCUGGAGGAGGGGCUGGAGGGCCCAGCUCUCAGCCUAGAUGGACCUGAGCUCUGCUAUGAGGCUGAGAGCCCAGAUGAGGCCGCUCUCGUGCAUGCUGCCCGUGCCUACAGUUUCACACUGGUGUCUAGGACACCUGAGCAGGUGACUGUGCGUCUACCUCAGGGCAUGUGCCUCACAUUUGACCUCCUCUUCACACUGGGAUUUGACUCUGUCCGGAAGAGAAUGUCAGUAGUGGUGAGGCACCCACUGACCGGUGAGAUCAUCGUCUACACCAAGGGUGCUGACUCAGUUAUCAUGGACCUGCUAGAAGAUCCAGCCUGUGUGAGUGAUAUUGAUGUGGAAAAGAAGCUAAGAAGAAUCCAAGCCCGGACCCAAAAGCAUCUGGACUUGUAUGCAAGGGAUGGCCUUCGAACUCUGUGUAUUGCUAAGAAGGUUGUAAAUGAAGAGGACUUCCAGAGAUGGGCUAGUUUCCGCCGUGAGGCUGAGGCAUCCCUGGACAACAGAGAGGAGCUUCUGAUGGAGACAGCCCAGCACCUGGAAAAUCAUCUCACCUUACUCGGAGCCACUGGGAUUGAGGAUCGACUCCAGGAAGGAGUUCCAGACACCAUCGCUGCACUUCGGGAGGCUGGAAUCCAGCUUUGGGUUUUGACAGGAGAUAAACAGGAGACAGCAGUUAACAUUGCAUAUUCCUGCAAACUGCUGGAUCAGACUGACACCGUGUACUCCAUCAACACAGAGAACCAGGAAACCUGUGAGUCCAUCCUCAACUGUGCAUUGGAAGAUGUAAAGAGGUUUCAUGAACCACAAGAGGCAGCCCGAAAACUCUGUGGGUGCCUCAUUCCAUCUAAGAUGCCAUCUGCUAUGGCUCCUAAAGUAGGACUAGUCAUUGAUGGGAAGACAUUGAAUGCAAUUUUCCAGGGGAAGCUGGAAAAUAAGUUCCUGGAGUUGACCCAGCACUGUCGGUCUGUCCUGUGUUGCCGCUCCACCCCACUCCAGAAGAGUAUGAUUGUCAAGCUGGUGCGAGACAAGUUGAGCGUCAUGACUCUUUCCAUAGGUGAUGGAGCAAAUGACGUGAGCAUGAUUCAAGCUGCUGACAUUGGCAUUGGGAUAUCUGGGCAGGAAGGCAUGCAGGCUGUCAUGUCCAGCGACUUCGCCCAAGCCAGAUUUUCAUAUUUAGUAAUUGUCUCCAAACAUAUGUUUCUCUAUCUACAAAAUGCAAAUUUUAUUAGAAAUUUUAGUUUGCAGUUACGAAUGAGUAUGUGACUUCUGCAUGAGAGUGUAUGCUACGUCAACCUGCUGUUUUGGUACCAGUUCUUCUGUGGUUUCUCUGGCUCCACCAUGAUUGACUAUUGGCAGAUGAUAUUCUUCAAUAUCUUCUUCACCUCCCUGCCUCCCAUCAUCUUCGGAAUCCUCGAUAAAGAUGUCUCUGCAGAAACACUACUAGCAUUGCCUGAGCUAUACAAGAGCGGCCAGAACUCCGAGUGCUACAAUCUGCCAAUGUUCUGGAUUUCCAUGGCUGAUGCAUUCUACCAGAGUCUCAUCUGUUUCUUUAUCCCUUACCUGACCUACAGAGGUUCAGAUAUAGAUGUCUUUACCUUUGGAACGCCAAUCAACACCAUCUCCCUCACUACCAUCCUCUUGCACCAGGCAAUGGAAAUGAAGACAUGGACUGUCCUCCAUGGCCUUGUCCUCCUCGGCAGCUUCUUGAUGUAUUUUGUGGUUUCCCUAAUCUACAAUGCCACUUGUGUCACUUGCAACAGCCCCACCAAUCCCUACUGGGUGAUGGAGAGGCAGCUCUCAGAUCCCACAUUCUACCUCACCUGCCUCCUUACACCAGUCGUGGCUCUUCUACCAAGGUACUUUCUCCUGUCUCUACAAGGGACCUACGGGAAGUCUCUAAUCUCAAAAGCUCAGAAAAUUGACAAGCUGCCCACAGACAAAAGAAACCUCGAAAUCCAGAACUGGAGAAGCAAACAGAGACCUGCCCCUGCCUCUGCUUCUGCCUCUGCUUCUGCAUCUGUUCCUGCUUCUGGCCCUUCCCAUGCUCAGCCCCCAUGCCAUAUAGUACCACCUACAUGACAGCAGGACUUAGGAACCAGCACCCCAAAGAACUCUAGCCCUCCCAGAAAGAAGCAUGCUGAAGACUGGGUUCUUCAGAGUCCCAGAUGCAGCAGAGAGCUCUCGAGGGAUGACCCGUGUUUAGGGGACACCUUGGCUAAACUCUCAUCUGGGGAAUGCCUUCUGGGCCCAAACAGGACAAUGGCACCCACAGCCUAUACCAGGGGACAGAAGGAUGUGUCACGACACUCAAGCAAAGGCAGCCAUCGCCGGUCUCAGAGUUCACUGACCAUAUGA